AUGCGCCGCGGCUUUGGCAAGCACUGUCGGGUGAUCUCGGAAGUGAGCACGGAGCAGCUCCUGAAAGCCAUGGCACUCCAUGGCGACAACGCCGAUGUGCGAGAGUUGCUCCGAGACCCGAACAUUGACGCAUCGCUGAAGCGUGCCUUGGGUGGAGUUCUACAAGCCACAUCCAGCAUUAUCGGCAUGGAAGGUCACCGAAGCCAGAUCAGGUUACGAGGUCAUGCAGCUAGAUGGCACUACGGGUCGGCGCACUUGCUCGUCACCCCCAACCUCGCAGACAUUCGCUCGCCGUUGCUUCUACAACUACAUCUGCAAGGCGCCGAUGGCACGGUGGAGGACUGCGAGGUGGCACUCGACUGGAGCAACGAGAUGCCAAGCAUGCCCACCGCAGCGGCCAUGCGACGGAUCGUCGCAAUGGACCCGGUGUCUCAAGCUCGAUGCUUUGCCCUCAUGAUGGACAUUUUCUUUGAGGAGGUCCUGGGCAUCCUGCCGCCGCUGAAGCGCGAAAGCUAUCGAGCGGGCUUGCACGCAACCUUUGAAGAUGGCAUGGCUAGCUCCUUGCAAGGUGGUGUCUUUGGAGAUGUGGCGGCGCUGAGUGGCCCUUUGGAAACACAAGGACGCGGAUCUCUCCAUCCUCACAUUUUGAUUGUUCUGCUGGGCCAUGAUUUAGGCAACCGGCUGCGUAGCAUCAUGCUUCGCAUUCAGCAUGGCGAGCUGGUGACCGAGCUGAGGCGUUGGAGUCAACGCGUGCUUGACGCCGUGCAACGUUUCAAAUACGACUCACAGCUUGUCCUGGCGGAGCAACUGGGAACGCCGCAGCAGCCACUUCCUUUGAACGAGCGGCAACGUUCAGAAUGUGGUCAACAGUAUCAGAGCGCCGCACUGUUGCCAACUGAGCCAGAUGGGCAUGAAUUGGAGGAGAGUGGUGGCCGGACAUUGACAGGCUGUGAUGUGUCGUUGAGGCCAAGUUAUCAGCGCCGGGAGGAGCAAGGUUUGGAUGAUGGUGAAGUUUGGAAAGCUGUGAAAGGCAAGCGUGGAUGUCGCUUUGGUUGUUUUCACAUUGAAUUGAUCAAGGACGCUGAAGGCAAGCAGAAAACGAUUUGUAAAAAAGGAUGGCCACGCGUGCAGAAGGCGUGUUUUUCAAGGCUACAGUAUGAAACUGACGAUUUGGCACGACAAGAGGAAUUCAAGAAUGAGAACCCGCAUGUUUUUCAGGCUCAGCGGGAUCAUCCUUUUGAAGGCAUGUCGAAUCCAGUGGCUCAAGUUGUCAUGCGCUGCAACGUUGAUGUGAAGUACAUUGGUCGUGCAUUUGCUGAAGAGGAUUUGAGCAAGUUUUGCGAUGGGAGCAUUUCAUCGGACGUUGAUGAGUCACACACUGCUGGGGUGCACGAACAAGCUCACUUGUGUCCUGUUGUGCCACAGCCUGUAGCUGGAUCGUUGCAACCGGAACUGUCCGAGCGAGUACAGAGAUUGGAAGAGGAAGAAGCAAAGCGACAGCAGGCCGCCGUGGAAGAUGCCAACAUGGAGAACGUGGAUGCAAAGAAGACGCCUGGCAUGAGUGGGCCACAAAGUCGUGCGCUGAGUAUCUUGCGUCGUCUGGCCUUCGGAAUGAAUCGCUGCAUCGCCAAGUCAAACGGGGAGAUGGCGUAUCAGUUGCUCUUUGAACAAGAACAGUACGUCACAUAUCGUGGCUACAACAUGUUUUUUCGGUAUCUGCCAUUUGCAAUCAUGCGGUGCAGGGCAGAUGCAAUUGCAGCGGCACUGGCCGACGCACCUCAUCUCAUCGCGGGUCCAGUUGAUGUUGUCGAAGAUGUGGAGGACGUGCCAGUCGCUGUGGAUGAGAUUGCAGAAGUGAUUGAAGAUGAGGGCGAUGGGACCCGAGUGACGCAAGUUCCAGUGCACUUCAAUCAGAAAGAUGAUUAUUUGCAUCGUGGCUCUUCCACAUUGCUGAAAUGCAUGUCACUGGCGAUGUACUCGAGGUUUGUGCGUCGUGUUCCACGCGCAAAGGCUGGUAAAGUUGAUGGAGUGAAGAUUUUUGCAUUCGACGAGCAUUAUCCACAUCAUAAAGAGUCGGUGCAGGAAGUCAGAGCUGCUGAUGACAACGUGGUUGUGCCGUCUGAUUUACAUUUGCCACAGGAAGCGGAGCCUCAAAAAUAUGCUGCACACAUGCUCGGGCUGUGUUUCCCCUUUCCGACGUGUACUGGUGAUUGCAGCAAUUCCUACAAGUGCUUUGCGUGUCACAUUUUGGAGAAGAAUGAGAAGGAAGGGAUGAUUUUUGCUCGAUUUGUGCCGCAGUGGCAACAUUGGAAAGCAUGCAUGCUGGUUCGCAGAGAGACCGCGCAGGAGCGCAUGUUGGCAGGAUUGUCUUCGCCAGUGAUUCGAGAUGUCAGCACUGUCCGCAAAUUUUUCCCUCGUUCUUCAGCAAGCGAUGAUGGGGAGACUGUGGCAACUUUGAUGUGUGUCUUGCAUCGAAAACUGCGGCCCCGGGACUGCCGAUUUCAUGACGUUCCUCGGAUUUUGGAGCGCAUUGCUUGGUAUCUUGAUGUGAGGCCACCAUAUCACUACACUCAGCUGUCGCCUUUGGAGUAUCUUUCUAUCAUCCAGACAGCCUGGAUGGAGCGCUUUGAACAACAUCACGCUGCACGCAGGCUCAGCAGCAGUCGUCGACGGGCAGAGCGGUUUGCUCUGAUGACAAAGCUGGAAGACGACGACAUUGAGGAUGAUUGUGCUCCACCUGACAUCGAAGGAGAUGAAGUUGAAGAUGAUCUGCGGCGUCAGGAUGAGUUGGAGCGGCUGGAACGGGCUCAGUACGUUGUGGAUCAUGAGGCUUUGCAUGAAGCGAUGUUUCGAGAGCAGGAUUGGAUGCGCGUCUUGAGCAAUCCACGUGCAACUAUUUUGAAAGACACCUUGCGACAUCUUCGUGACUUUGUCAAUGCACUUGGAGGAAUUCCAGAUGUGAGGAGAGGCAUGGGCAUUCGAAGCAGCGGUGUGGCUGGUGUCGAGCGCAGCUGGACUGCGGCAGAUGCUGAGAGAGGCAUGGCUUUGCAGAAGCAGUACUUGGAGUUUUGUGCUGGAGGAGACUAUGCUGCGGAGCUUGUCGUCAAUUCCACCCUCAAUCGGCAACAGAUUUUGGCAGUGGCUCCGAUUGCUUGGGUCAUGGAGCAGAUGUGGCUGAAUCGUUCCAAUCCACAGUCGUCUUUGGCAGAUGGCGCAGCCACCGAAAGCUGCAAUUGCCUUUGGUUGGGCGCUGGUGGCUCUGGCAAGACAUACGCCUACUCCAAAAUCUUGCGACCAAUGUUCCGGCGUUACUUCGGUGAUGGUGGUUACAUUGUUGGGGCGCCAACACAUGCAGCUGUUCGUCUCUUGGGUCCAGAAGCAAAGACAUUGCACAAGUGGGCGAAUGUGCAGUUCAUGGACGUCAUGGCCGGAUUGCUCGAUGAACUGUCCAUGAAUCCUCCUGAUGUUUAUCAUGCUGCUGGCUUUCGGUUUUCUUUGCUGCGACAGGAACGCAUGAUGUUGGAUAUGGGUCGCUAUCUCGAGCAGUGGUAUGGUAGAGCUCCAAUUGGUGUCCAGCUUGGCGACUUUCUGCAACUGCGGCCGACAGCACAGCGCUCGCUGUGCGAGUGGCAUGAUGCUCCGCGUGCCACCAAUGCACACGUCGAUGGCCGGUCAAGUGAUGAAGAGGAGUUGCCUGAGAAUGAAGCUGCACAGCACACCAGUAAUGCCGCUGAGUUGGGCCGCAUCAUGUUCAAGAACUCUUUGCAGCGGGUUGUUCACUUCACUGGGUCUGGGAGAUUUUCGGAGUGUCCAUCUGGGCAGCAGCUAGUGGCGAUCCUCAAGUCCAUGCGGGAAGGCAAGGAGAUGUCGGACGAUCUGUGGGCGGCCCUUGAGGCCAGGGCCUAUGGCAAGAAGGAGUUGCAGGCGGAUGAGUUGCGGCAGCGUUUGCUCGAUGCUCACUGGGGAGGUCUUGCUUGGGAGCAAGUAGCUCGUCUUCAACAUCUUCGCGUCGGUUUGGAAGGCAAAGAAUUGAAGAAGACUGUGUAUUUCGUUCAGGCCAUUGAUCGAGCUACGGGCCCAAAUGAGCUCACCCGGGAACAGAGCAUGGCAGCACUACAGAUCGUGAACAUGACCAAAACUCAUUAUCUGAUUGGUAUUUGUCCUCUGUAUGAAGGUAUGCCUUGUCGCAUCAGUUGUAUUUUGGAUGCUCCGCUGCUGAACCGAGAGUCGCCGGUUAUUGUUCGAUCCAUCAAGUUGCACCCAAGCGAGCCCGCAAUCGCCGACAACUGUGGCUGUGUUGUAUUGAGAUAUCAGCCAGUUGCAGUGUUGGUGGAGAUAGACGAUCCCAAUUACAAGAACAUUCAGGUGCCUGGUGACGUUGCCCCCAAGGGCCAUGUCUUGCUGCGCGCAGUUGCCUCGGACAAAGCCUGGAGCUUGCAAGUGGGACCGAAGCAGUCCGUGCCUGUGAUUCGCAAACAAAUUCCACUGGCGCCACGUUGUGUUUUGACGCAUUAUGGCUUGCAGGGCAUCACGGCGAGAAACGGGUUGGUGGCUUUCCUCACGAAACCUGCGUGGAUGAAGGAUGCCGACUACGCGUUGGCGAUCUAUGUCAUGCUGUCGAGACCACGAAAGCUGGACGAUUUGUGGAUCAUUGAUUUGCCACCGCGUCACAUGUUUGAGCAUUUUCUCCAUGAUCACAAUCCUCUUUUGGUGCAAAGGAUGAAAGAGUUCGAGCAGCAGGCGAAGCUCGACGAGAUGAAAGCAUUGUCCUACGUGGGCAAAUUGCAGUGGCAGCAAAAGGAAGCCAUUGCUCGACAACUCUCCAUGAAGAUUUGA